GACGAACGAUCGGUCCAGCGGCGCGGAAAAGUGUCGAAAAAGCAAUAUUCUCACUAUCGCCAAACCGGGAAGUGUUUUCCAAUCGGUGCGUGAAACGUCGUUUUCCCCAGGCAUUGUGCGUCCGUAUGUGCAGUUCGUUCUUAUAUAAUACAAUCUGUUCUCGAGCGAAUUCUCCGUCCCACAUCCAGAACGUCGCCGUCGUCGUCGCCUAGCGCUGCACAGCCUGUUCUUAGUGCGGGCGAGGUGGUGCUGCAUACCACAAUAUUUUCCAUUUCGGUGCCCUCCCAAUUGAAGCAGAGGUGGAAAAAAAUAUUGCUCACCGUUUGCACUGGUGGCGGUUUGGUUGCAGUAAUAAGCACCAACUUCGAAAGUGCAGCUGCAGGACGGAAGUGGCAGGAAACCGCAGACCCAACUCAUCCCAUCUCUCACUCCCCUGUCUGUCUGCGGUAGCGGAAGAACGGAAGCCGCAUCAAACUACCCCCAGUCGGCCGGAAGUGGUGUUCUGGUUUUGCGUGACAGAAUCAUCUACUAUGUCACAUCGGUGCAUUGUUAAUUGAAGCAAACGUGUAAAGCCCUUGCAGUGUUCCGCACGAACAGCUUUCACAGUGCAAGAUUGAUGGUGGUGCCUUGUGUGCGUGCAUUGGUGUGAUAGUGUAGGUGUGUGUGCGUGUAUGUUCGAAUGUUUGUUGUGCUUGUAGCUCCAGAAGCAGUAGCAACAUUGGACAGAAGUGAAUAGCGGCGGACAAAUAUAUAUUAAUCGAUUGCAGCGGCUGUAUUCCGGCUGUUUGUUAAGUAACGUUAUUACUACCCAUAUCGGUCAAGUGAUAAAACAAACGGAAGUCGAAGAGAAUAAAGCAGCAGCCGUAACUGAACUCUGGUGAUUUGGGCGAACAGAUAGACUGACACGAGCACGAUCCCGAUUUCUUCGGCACGAGGGAAACCAUACUAUUUAAUCAAUCAUGAAUUUUCUCCGUUUCGGCCAGUCGGCCGACAUCGAUAUUUUGUUCGACGGAGCCGAAAACCGUCAGCAGGCGGAAAUCAAAACAGAGGACGGCAAGAAGGACAAGUACCUGCUGUACUAUGAUGGCGAAACAGUGGGCGGAAAGGUGAACAUAACGCUAAAAAAACCGGGCAGCAAGCUGGAACACCAGGGUAUCAAAAUCGAGCUUAUCGGUCAAAUUGAAUUGUAUUACGAUAGAGGCAAUCACCAUGAUUUCCUGAGCCUCGUGCGCGAGCUAGCGCGGCCGGGCGAUCUCAUCCAGAAUACGUCAUAUCCGUUCGAGUUUGCGAACGUCGAGAAACCGUACGAAGUGUACGUCGGCUCGAACGUGCGAUUACGAUAUUUCCUGCGGGUGACAAUUGUUCGCCGCCUGAGUGAUAUCAUCCGGGAGGUGGACAUUGCCGUGCAUACGCUCUCGAGCUACCCGGAUGCGAACAGCCCGAUAAAGAUGGAGGUGGGCAUCGAGGACUGCUUGCACAUUGAGUUCGAGUACAACAAGAGCAAGUACCACUUAAAGGAUGUGAUUGUGGGCAAAAUUUAUUUUCUGUUAGUGCGCAUCAAAAUAAAACACAUGGAAAUAGCCAUUAUCAAGCGGGAACAGACUGGUUCGGGACCUAACAUGUACACCGAGAAUGAAAUCAUUGCCAAGUACGAAAUCAUGGACGGUUCACCGGUGAAGGGUGAAAGCAUACCGAUACGCGUGUUUCUCGCCGGUUACGAUCUCACCGUAACGAUGCGCGAGAUUAACAAGAAGUUUUCGGUGCGCUAUUUCCUGAAUCUGGUGCUAAUUGACACCGAAGACCGGCGGUACUUCAAACAGCAGGAGAUCACACUUUGGCGCAAGGCGGAAAAGACGCGCAAAUCGCUCACUCCAUCGCAAGCGGCCGCCAUUGCUGCGGCCCAGGGUGGGGCGGCCGGUGCUGGACUGAUGCCCGGCCAGCUAGCGGCGUUGACCGGUUCCAGCAAUAAUCCGCACAUACCUCAUCAUCUGGUCGGGCAGGGAACGACGAGUUCGCUCGCCGCGAAGGAACUACCCACGAGUACCGCGGUUGUCGGUGGGCCCGGUUUGCAUGGAGACGGUAGUGCCGAUGAGGAUAGUACCAGCAUGAAACGAUCCGAUGAUUCUAAUCCAAUUAUGGGACUUUUUACGGAGGACAAUUCACAAGCUGAUCUUCGACCUAAACCAGCUGUACGACAACGAAGCGAUGAAACGCAUGCCACAGUUGGUCCGCUGCAAGAUAAUAGUUCCCGUUCGGUAAACAGCAAUCUGAAGCCUGGUGAAAUGCCACUGCAUGUUGAACCGGACGAAGAUUCGCUAACCCAGCAACAGCCACAGCCCUCAGCGGCACAACAACACCUUCACCGCGAAGCAGGAGACGGUGCCGCCUCAAUAUCGCAAACGACUGACGAAGAAACAUCCUCCCUGUUCGAUGCGAACGAUUUGAGCUUCAAUGCGGCCAACAGCAGCGCCCCCGCGUCGGCGACAGUCGCGGCCGCACCAUCAGUGAACGUUUCUGAUCCGACAUCCUCGCCUACGGUUAGCAGCACGAUAACCAAACCAAUGCAGCCGGAAGAUGGUCCCGCUGACGAUGAAACAAUUGCGACGAGCCGGGCCGAACAGGACGCAGACGAUGCUCCACUGGCCGAAGUUACGAGUACGGAAGUGAAUAAUACAAGCAGCACUACUACGACGGGCCCAGCUCAGGCAGCGGCAACGGUGGUGACGAGCUCCGCCUCAACACCGCCUCCAUUGACGGCAAAACCGGCAAAACCUCGGAAGCCAGUACUCGAGUAAGGAGAUGGCCUUUCUCUAGGAUAACGUUCCUUCGGUCUGGCAUGGUUCCCUCUCGGUAAUUCAUUAAAGUCUCGGCUUUCCCACUUGGUGGUGUGUAAGUGUGAGCAGAAACAAGAAGGAAACAGAAUGGUGAUAAGGUGAUAAAGAGGAUUAGAAGCAAAAAUAACACAUUCACACACAUUUCGAGCACCAUUUUAAAGGUAUGGACGUAGCGCUGGAAGGGUGCAGAGUGCGGGCGAUACGAUAAGAAGCAUAACAGAGGAGGGGUAUGUACGAAUGAGGACUGGCAUAUGACAUGUUUCUUUAUUUUUUGUUAUAGAAAACAAAUGUUUGAUUCCUACGAUCCUAUGUCAACAGUGAAAAAUUUAAAACAACUACCAACUGAUUUCGACUGCAAACAAAAGAAAAAGGAUGGCAAUAGAAGAAUCGAAAUUAAUCUACACGAUUGCGGAAAGGAAAGUAACGUUUUGCCUAUGAAUGAUGAAUCGUUGGGUUCACAAAAUAUAUCGUUCCCGAGUUAAACUGCUACAACGGAGCAAACGAUAGAAAGAUUGUAGUAUAGGAAGCUAACAGGGCACUGCUAGAUGAACAUAUACUUUCGGAGCUAUAGGAGCGAACAUGGUUAGAUUACAAUGUGCAUUGUUGUAUGAACGGUCCACCAGAGGUGGUUUUUUGAUAGGAAUUGCAUCAAUAAGUUUUAGAGCCGUUGCGAAUGCGCUCUACACGAUACUCUUAUUGAUGUGCAUGUUCGGUUCUCACAAUUCACCAAAUUUAUCAAUGCUCUGUGGCUCUGGCCGGCCUCAAUGUGUCCAACGGGUCAGUGCUGGGCAGAUUUUUUAUUUAGUCAAUUUUUGGCCGUACGGGGGCAAAACUAGAAUUUGUGAAAAAUAAGGAAAACGUAGCUAAAGUUAGGCAUUGCAGUUAUUGUACUGUGCAUUAUACGCAAAGGUGAGGAACGGUUAAUAAAUACUUUGUAAGCUUUGCUAAUCUAGGUUUUAAGCCAACGCAAUCCUGUAUCCGCAAGGCUAUAUUCUCCCCGUGUUUUUCCUCCCCGUCAUUGGGCGGAGGCAUAGCGUAAUAUAUUUGUUUACUAUUGUUUUCUUGCUUUCCCUUAUUUCUUUCUGGUUAACAUAACGCGAGAGGAGAGAAAGUCAAACGAAGCAAAGUUGUAGUGCUAGUUUCGUAACUCGAAACACUUGUAACGGACUGUUGAAAACAAAAAUUGUUACUACAUUUAAGCGAAAGGAUAGUAAACUGUGGUUCGAAUACAUAACAGCAGAGGAGAGGCACUAUUAACAUAUGCUUACAAAUUUGAUAAGGUCAUGAAGCAGUUGAGCAAUGUAGAGUGAUCCUAGCGGUCUGCCCUAUUAUUGGCUCAAGGAGGGAACACGUUUAAAUUAACAAACGAGAUCAUAAGCACUUGCACGUGGUUAUGUACCGAAUUAAGGUUAAAGCGAAAUCGAUCCGACAACAAUUAGCAGCAGUAUGGAGAAAAAAAUGAUAAAUGGAAAGAUCACUAGGAAGGUGAGCAACAAAACAAGAACUAUGAAAAGUAUAUAUAUAUAUAUUGAAAAUAAACAUGCUAAGUAUAUGAGAUCAACACGCAAGCUGUUGGUACCG